AUGUCUCACGCAGGGCCAUCCUCUAGUGCCCUCACCAGGGCACGCAACAAGCUCUGCGAGAUGGAACGACUGUUUAGCCGAGAAUCUCGGUAUACCGUCUGGCGAAAACUUUGGUUGUGGCUUGCUGAAAGCCAGAAGCAGCUUGGGAUCGUCUACCUCGUCCCCAUCCCUGAUACCCGGCCUCAAGAGUUCGCAAAAGAGAGAAUCAUCGACGACCAAGGUCUUGAACAGCUGCGGCGCUGUUGUGUUGUCUUGAGCUACCAAGUCAAUAGUAUGCAAAUGCGCAACCUGAUCGCCGAUCAUUUAUUGGAUAUCAGGGCUCACUUUCACUUCGUCACUGAGUUAGACGCCCCUCGAUCAAAGCACUGGCUGAACGUUGGCGUCACCCACGAGUACAUCCUUGAAAACACGGAGCAGAUCCUCAUGGCUAGUGCCCUUGAUAUCUUGAACACCAACCUCUCGAUGCUCCUCUAUCGUCUUCGAAAUUUUGCCUCGGAUCACAGGUCUGCACAAUGCCUGAUAUACAAGCCAGACUCCGACAUAGAUACCUACGUUACAACGAUCGGAGGGAGGGUUGCUCUCUGGGCUAUGAUGCUUGGUAGAAUGCUGUGGUGUCUUCAGAGACUUCGAUGCAAUGUUGGAUCGGCUGGAUCUCAGCCAAUUACUGAAUGUGAAAAGAAGAACAUUGACUUUUUUGACAAGCUAUCUAUGCUGGAGCACUUUGAGGGCGAUGAGUCAAAGUGCGAAAAGCUAGAUGAGCUCCUUCGCCAAAAGAUGCGGUUCCAAAAAUGCCACGCGAAAGACUAUUUCAGAUACCGGUCUGACACCAACGGAUUUUUGGGGAGGCUAUGCUAUAAACUAGGGGACAUUGCUCUUCAAGUUGUUGAAGAACUGGAUCAUUUCGACUCUACUGAUCAGAUGGUCGAGAAAAGGGCCAGGAACGAUGGGUCGUCUGUCACUGCGGAAGAUCCAAAGUUCAGACAGUCACCGGUCCUUGGUAUUGCAGCAAGAACGCUCAUGGAAGUAGCACUUACUUUCAAGGAUCCCAGAGUGUCUAAGACUUAUGGAGAGGUUGAAUACCUCAUGGCACGGCUGUUCAAGCACGCUGCACGGGUCGUCAGGGUACUCCAAAGCAUCGUCGAGGGUCUUUACUACAAUGACCAAGCCGCCAACUACAUCAUAUUUAUCAACACGCCAUUCAUGAUGAACACCCCUCUCAUCAGUAGACUCACCCUCCGUGGCGAGAAUCGAAUGAUUGUUAUGUCGCUUUUGAGAAACGCUGGCAUGCUGGUAAUGAAUCAGCCACCACAACUUCGAACGCCAAACUUUCUCAACGCACUCAUGCAUCACGAAAUCUUCAACAGACAUAGUAUCGACGUUCGAAAUUCUGUCCUGUCGGUUCGGGAGGUCACGCAUGCUAAAAUAAUAGUUGAAAGAAUCUGUGGAGGGAACGGUAUCAUUGACAGGAGACUGCAGCCCUACUUGGCGUAUAUUCGAGAGAUGACUGCUGGAGAGAGGCGCCUGCAGGCACCUCCGACGAUUCAGACUGCCCAGGGUCACUAG